AAACAAAUCAAGAAUAAUUUCCCUUUGACCUGCUUCCCUAUUAUCGUUUACAGAGAUCGCAUAAACUAAAAAUUUGCCGGUAUAACUCUGUGGUCGUGGUGUUUUCUGCAAUUAUAUAUAUUAUUCAAAAUAAACUUAAAUUGAAAACUAUUUCAUUAAAGAAAAUAACCGCAAAGUGUUAAUAAAUUAUUUUCCAGUAGCAUGCGAUGAUCAUUCAAAAUUUACUAAAGACAAUUGUCAAUUGAGACAAACGUCAAAAAUGUUUCGAAUUCAAUCAAUUGAAAUUGCAACUGAAACAAUAAAACACUAAAACAUAUAUACGGUAUAUAUAAUGAUGGGUUAAAAAUCACUUCCCCCUUCCUUAGUAACUAUGACUUAGACUUAGGAAUUGGCAAAAGUCACCCCCCCCCCCCUUUUCCCUUUUUUUUUCUUUGGCUUUAACUUUAACUAAUUCUUUAACACCUAAUUCAAUUCACUAAUCACUAAUCCCUUUUAUUUUUUGGGUGUUCUUUGUUAAUACUUUCAUUUUCAUGCUAAUAAAAAUAAACGAUUAUUAAAUGCUAUGUCCCAAUUGGGCAGCCACCUGGGCUACUUGAGAUUCAUGUAACUCUUUCAAAUUUUAAUUUAUAGACUAAAUUUGGAAAUUUUCAUUUGAAAAAAGACUAAAGCCUACUUUAUAAACUUUAAAUAAGCCAUCUAAUUCUAAUUUAAUAGACUCACUAAUACUAAUCUUUAUUAUCAUACUUUAUGAAAACUUUUCCAUUUCAUCAUCUAGUUAGAGUUAGAAGUCCAAUAGAAGUAUCAACUAUCAGUAAUUAUUAUAAAUUAUAAAGUAAUAGUAAUAUGGUCUAUGCAUUCUACCUUCUGUAUUUGUUUCUAGUUAUACAAAUUUUGUUUUAAUAUAGCCUGGUUUCUAUAUUAUAUUAAUUAAAUUUGUCAUAAUUUAUGACAUAAGGCAGGAGAAAAAUAUUACUCCAGGUUCAUCAUAGUUUAUGUGUUGAUUUCGAUUUCCCUAUUCCAACACUGCCAACACAGCUCUGUGGCUCCUUAAUCAAAUUUUCUUCUUGAGUACCGGCAUGAGUUAUAAAGAAUAAAGAAAUGAUAUUUAACUCGUAUUUAAGAAUAGCUGUGUUGGAAACAGUAAAUAAUAUUCAAUAAAAUUAAUAUAUAUUUCAGCUCCAUGAAUUUUGUUGAACAGCUCAAACAUCUGUGAGUUUUUCAUCUAGAACCUAGCAGUCAUUUACAUUAGGUAAGACAUUAUAUUUUUCAGCACUUGACAAAAGCACUAGAUAUAGUGUGGAUUUCUACAUGAUCUCUUGUUUAGCUUUUAUGGAAUAUAUCUAUUAAAUUUACCAGUAACUUCUUCUUUGUUUUUUGAAGGAAGGAUAAAGUUAAUGAAAUGUCUAUUUUUACACAAUGAAAUUAUCCAAAAGCCUAACCAGACCCAUACAAACUUAAUUAUCCUGCCAAUGAAAUAACAAAAAUCAAUGCUCAAAAUAUACAAAGCAAUAUUUUAAUUAUUUUUAAAGGAAAAUCUUUAAAAAAGAAAAACUCUUUACAAAUUUUUGGCCUUUGAUUAAAAAAUAAACUGUCUGAUGAUAAACUUUUGGAAAUCUUUACUGAAAAUCCUUUUAUUUAGAUCUCAAAUUUUACUCUGGCGCUGAAUUAAACUCGGAGAAUGAGAAAAAAAUGAUAUAGGUAUAUGCUUUAUAAUAGUCAUGGUAUUAUAACAAUGAAAAAGAUAAUUUACAUACAAAUUUUCUAAGCAUUUAGACCAUUCCUUAAUAAAAUCAUCUUUUGAAAGGAAAGAGAGGGAAAGCCAGAUAGUGUAAUUGUAUGUGCAAUAAAUGGGAGAAUAUAUCUCAGUUUAAAAAUGUUUGAUACUAUUAAAUAGACCCAAUCAUGUGUGGUUGGUUGCAUUUGUAGAAAAAUGUCUUUUAAAUAGGAUAGGUUAUCUUUAAAGUUAAAAGCAAUCAUAUUAUAUUAUCCUAAAGUUUGAAAUUCAUCCUGCAUUACAUUAAAUGCAUAUCUUUAGUUUAAAUGUGUGUACAAAGAAGUUAAUUUGAAAUUUAUUAAAAGUUAUAAAUACUCUAUAAAUUAAAUUUCUGAAUAACUUUUCUACUCCAGGUAUUUAUCUUUAUUGCUCUGAUCAUCCAAGAUGGUGACAGUUUUUGGCUAUGACUUGAAUGAGUACCUCCAGAGUACUAUAAAAUUUGCAGCAACAAACCCAUGGCAGUUUAUCUACUAUGUUCUGCUGGUGUUGUCUCCCCUUUUCCUCAUCAGUGCCAUCCUGGCAUGGAAACUGGCCAAGGAGAUUCAGCACAAGGAGAAGGACAAGAAGCGCAAAGCAAAGCGUGAGGCUAAUAUAGCCAAAACGAGGAGGCACAAAGCUGAUUAAAUUCCAGGUUUAUCUCAUUGGGUGUGUUGUCCUGGGAGCUCUGGCAGCAGCUGAUGAGUGAAUGUCCACCUGUUUCGGUUUUUUAUUUUUGUUAUUGUUUUCUGAUUAUGCAUUGGAGAUAAAAUUUAUGAUAUUUUAUAUGAUGAUUUAUUGGAGUACAGUUAAUUGCUAAAUGCUUGAAUUCUGCCUGUUUGUGGAAGUGUACAAUUUUAUUUGUAGAGAUUAAAGUGGCCAUUGAAUUAUAAGAAUUUUUAAAUAUUUAAUGUCCUUGCUGUUCUGUCCCAUUAAGAGAGGAAAAAUGUGUGUUUAUAUGUUUGUGUCAGUUCUCUUACUAUCAGUAACUGUAUAAAUUACAUUGUAAAUUGGAUUCAUCACUUUGUAAGAAUUUAAAUUAAACAUUUUUGUUCUUAUUUUCUCCUUUUUUUUUCAGCUCUAUUUUUAACCAGUUGUUAGAAUUUUUAACAAAUAUAUAAACAAAGAAAUUUUCUCUUAAUGCCUUUAAUAGUUUAGUUCAAGUUUAAAAUCUUGAACUUCACAUUUGUUGCCGAUUGGGUAGCCAGGUCUGGAAAAUUUUUGUCCCAUAAGUUUUACAUUGCUUUCAUAGGUUCAAAAAUGAUUUAAUUUUGUUUUCUUGUUUAUUAUGAAUUUGUAAAUGUCAAAGAAAGUAGUUUUAUUACUGGUAAUCAUGGAAUGUAAAUUAGAUUUUUACCUGUUUGUGCUAAAAAAAUAAAAUGUUAAGGUUAAAUUAACAAAUGAUUAAAAUCUUAAUUACUUUCUGAGAUGUUAAAAUUAUUUUAAAUAUUUCCUAUUGAAAACUGUUACAGUUUUAGAAAUUUCAUUAAGGUUGUGUUUUAAAAUUAUUAAUUAAUGCAUUUACUAGAGAGUAUCCCUCUGUUAAUUAGAAAACAUAAAUACUGCCAUCUGGUGCCAUGGUAUCAUUUGCAUCUUGAACAACUAGUAGAGGGUUUAAAUUCAUCUAGAGAAGUCUCCAGCUUUUGGAAAAGAGCCAGGUGAAAUGAACUUGUUAGCUUAGUAAGGCAACUAUCUUUGGAAAGUAGGUGAAGCCUAAAUACAUAUCUCUUUCACCGGAGACAAUUAUGCUGGGAUUAAAGAUUGUUUGUCUUUGUAAAAAUAUUUCCAGUCUACCAGUUGCAGCUGCAGCACAAAAAAGAUGAGUUGUGAUUAAGAUUGUGAUAGAUCAAACUCAUAUUGUUCAUUUUGUAAAAGUAUUGAACUAAUUAAAAUAUCAUAAAACUUCCUUUUAUUUUCUGGUACGAAUUGUGAUGCAGAUUUUUUUAAAAUUCAUUUUCAAAUAUUUCCUUUAUGAAUAUAAAAAAAUAUAUGAUAGAUUUAUAAUUCUGUGUAAAAAUAACUUAAUGACACUUACUUAUAUGACAUCAAUUUUCAGUGCUUAGACAGACUCUUACUAGUCUUACUACAUAAACUUUUGAUAUUUUUAGUGAUUACUUCUGGAAUUUGUGAGAUAAUUUUUGAUAGACAUGUUUAAAAUACUAGUUGAUUGUCUUGAUUGUUACUUGAAACUCUCAUUUUUAACGUUUUUUAUAAUAAUUGUGUUUUUUAAAAGCCAUAUAAAAAAUAAUUUUUGUGUGUGUGCAAAAGUAAAAUUAAAUUUAUUCUUUUUUAAAUUUGGUUUGAGAUGGGUUGUCUUAUUUUGUAUCCUUCUUCAACAAAUUUUUGUUACCGCACAUUGAAUAAGUCAUUGAAAUUAUUAGAUGACAGGAGACAGGAAAAUUUAUGAAAUACAAAUUAUUGAAGAAAAAUGUAUAAACAAAUUUAUGUUGGUUUUCAUUUACAUGUUUUAUAAGAAUAUUUAUUGUUUAUGCUUUAUAUAUUAAAAUACAACUUCCAAAUUCUAAAAUUUCUUUAUCAUUUCAAAAACCACAAGAGAAAACAUUAUAAAUUAUUAUUAAAAAUUUUCAGCUACAACUAAAGUUGGCACAUCCAUGGCCUAUACAUAGAAAUGCUUUAGUAACAGUUAUGUCAAUUAUGAAGCUCUCUCUUUAACAUUCCACUCUGAUUUACCAAAAAUUAUGAUAAGUAAAUACGUUUUUUAUAUUUGAUUAUUUUCUUUAUAAACUAUGCCCAAACUCUCUCCAGUAAAUUCUUCCAAUUUUAGCAAAUGCAAUGUCUACCAAAACUCUAGAAACCAAAUCCGAUAAGUGGCAUGGAUUAAAUUAAAUUAUCACACGGCACCCACAGCUUUAAAAAUAGUUUUGUUUAGUUCUUUAAAAUUCUUAAUUUUUUUAACCAAUCCAUAGAUUAUACUGCUACUGCUACAAUUGAGAAUCUCCUAGUUUCAAGCUUAACAUUCAAGCUUAGCCAGUUUUAAUAUACUUAUCAACUUCUCCAAGUCAACAGCACUUCACUGGUUAAAUUUGGCUGUAAAUUGAAAAGUGUUAGUGUAACAAGCUGAGGAUCAUUAAAGAUUUCUACUUAUUAAUUAAUGUUUAUUUAGACAACAAUUAUAAAAUUAUGUUUUAUUUAUAAACUUACUAUAAACAAAUUAGUUAAGAAUGUCCAAUUUUUUUUUUUUUAAACAUUGCCUUAGAAAAUACUAGUUUCAAAAUUAAUAAUUGCCCUUCAAAAAUUUUUUUGGCUAAUGUUAUUAAAUAUAAGUUAGGUAUAAUUAAGUUAAACAGCAAUUAAGUUUUUUUUUCAUACAUUUUAUUUGGAAAAUCUAUUUUAAAUCCAUAGUUUAAAUAUAAAUUUAACAAUUUAAAAAAAAAAAAUGUGAUAGUAGAACUUUAAAUAUCAGUAAGUGAUUAAAAAAAAAAAAUUCCUUCAUUUUCAAAUUAAUUUUAAAAUUAUUUAUAUAUUUAGAUAUCAUUAUUAUAUAAAUAUACUUUUAAACAAAUCUUUUCAUUCUGAAGUAAAAUGUGAUUAUAAAGUCAUAGUCAGUGUUGGUUUCAAAAUGCUUCUGACUAAUUUCACUUUUAUAAUGGGGAUCUAUGAUUUAUGCAAGUUUGUUUACUACUAAUUGUCUCCAAUUUUUAAAUUAGUGAUCUUCAUCCCCAUUGUCAGAACAGUCUGUAAUGUCUCAAAUACGGUAUAUGAAAAGUUUUAGGAAUUAAAUAACAUAUUACAAAUAAACUAACUAAACUUAUCAGUGUUAAUAAGAGAAUUAAUUUUCUUACAACAGUUUGCAGUGAUUUCUCAUUAUAAAAGAAAGAGCAUUCUUGGUAGACAUUUCUAUGUGAAUUAAUAGUUGGAAAAAUGAAAUUGUCGAAAACUUGAAAUACUCCAAAAAUUGAGUAGUGUGCAAAAAUUGUUUCAGCAGUUGUAACAAAUGAAUUGCUGUUACAAAUUUGUAUAAAUGUAAGAAGAAAAAAAAUUUGUUCCUUUUGUUAGUUGCACAUCAAAUUUAUUUGAACGGUAGAUUUCAUGGACUAUGCAAGAAUUAUUAUGGGAUGGCUUGUUCAUUGUAAGUUUUAUUUUGUUCUCCUUCUUUGAACAAUAACAUAAUUAUGUCAUUAGCAUCCCCUAACAAUACAGAAGUACUGUUGUGUCAUUAGCAUCCCCUAACAAUACAGAAGUACUGUUGUGUCAUUAGCAUCCCCUAACAAUA